AUGGAAUCUCUUCAGUCACCUAGAUACUUCUCGUCCAAUCAUGAAGAGUUUCCUGAUCCGCCCCGCCUGUUGCAUUUUUUCACUGGCGUCCUCCGACCCUGCCGCCCCCAUUCUCCGCUCCCCGCUCUGGGGCUGAGGCAGGACGGCGAGAGACCCCUGAGCCACCAAGUCCGCUUACCUCAGGCAGAUCCCGACGGGGGCUCAGCGCCGCACUGGGCCCCAAGGGAGGCGGAGGUGGAGAGUUCCAGAAAACUGCUCUGCACGGCGGGCCAGGCUCCCGCGGGGCUCCGCAAGACCCCCGAGUCGUCCCCCGCGCUCCGGCAGGCGCUGCCCCAGCUCGGUCUCCUCAGCCGCGCUCGGUCCCCGCGCCCCGCACGGCCCGGACACGCCCGCCCUCAGGAAACGCCGGACGCUCGUGGGGGCAACCGCGGACCGCAGGACAGAGACCCGCGGGCGGCGGGUUCUCUCGGUGGCGCUGUAUCCAGAGCAGCGCCCGCGUCCGCAGGCGGUGAUGUCGCCGCGGCCGAGGAUCCUCUGUGCCAGCUCCGGCCGCGCAGCCCGGGGAGGGAUGCUAGAGGAUCAAAAUACAGGCAUCAGCAAUCUCAAUUUCUUCGGAGAGCUCUGAGGGAGUGUCUCUUCCCUGCCUCUGUCCUGGCUUCUGUGGCUGCUGGCAACACUUGGUGGUUCUUGGCUUACACCUGUACCAUUUCAGUCUCUGCCUCCGUCAUUGCACUGACUCUGCCUGUGCGUCUCUGUAUUCAGGAAUAUUACACUUCUUUUGACUGAAUCUGUUGCUUCUACAAAUGCCUCUUGGAGUGCAGAGUUAAUAAACUUCCCUAUUCGAUGGGUAUCUGGUGUUAACAUGACUCCUAACUCCCAGCCUCAUGUGGCUUAGCAUGAGACAAAAACCCAGAGCUGAGUCAACUGUUCCAGCGCACAUGCAGGGUGGAGGCAAAGUUGUUGCAAGACUCAAGAAACUUGGCAGGUACUUCACACAGAGGCUGGAAUUUUAUUACAUCAAUUCAGCUCAUCUUAGAACAUGGCGUACACGUCCUUUAGUUCAGAUCUUGUUUCAUCGCCUUUCAUAGUGUUUUACAAUUUUCCAGGACAUGUACUAUUAUUAUCUCACUUUGGAUUGCUGGUAAAUGUGACAGAAAAAGAUGACCCAACCUGAAAACAUCAUGAAAUAGCAAAAGAUGGACCUGAUGUUGAACCCACCCCAUCUCUCCACAUAAUCAUCACAAGCACAAUAAGCCGUAACCAAAAGAUUGAGACAGAGGACUGCAAGGUGAUGGUUUGCAAAAACCUGAAUUCCAGAUGUCUCUUUCCUUCCUUUUUCCCCUUCUUCCUUCCUUUAAUUGUAAACUAACUGCAUUCAGAAUAUACAACUGACAUUUUAACUCAUCCUUUAAUUUUUUUUUCUUCUAUGUAAAGUAAAAAUCAAAUUCCUUUUAGGAAAAAAUGAUAAUCAAAAACUGUACAUUAAAAUAAAUAUUUCCACUAAAAUAAAUGGCUAUCACUGAAUGC